AUCAUUACCAUAUUGGUACUUUGUAAUUCCUUAUAUAAAGGGCUCCUAUCAAUAAAUAAGACGAUGAUUUCUCUAUUCUCUUGUUAUCUCUUUUUCUCUACAUUUUACCCUUCGUCACAAGCUACAAUAGUCUGAGCACAUCAGCAGGAGUUGACAUUCAGACCAAAAUCCACAAACGGAAUUUGCUAAGUCUGAGUGACUUGAGUCAUCUACCAGAUUUCAUUAAAAUGGCCACCGGGAAGUCAAGCGAGCCAGACAAAGACCGAAUGCAGCAGCUGAAGGCCUUCGACGAAACCAAAGCUGGUGUCAAAGGGAUAGUCGAUGCUGGAAUCACCAAACUCCCACCAAUAUUCGUGCGUCCAAAAAAGGAUCCCUCCGUCGUCGGCGACAGUACGGUUUCAAAUCAUUUCAAUAUCCCAGAGGUGGAUCUAGCUGAAUAUAAUGGGAGGCGUGCUGAGGUGAUUGACCAAGUCCGGAGGGCCGCAGAGAGCUAUGGGUUCUUCCAGGUGGUAAACCAUGAGAUGCCCCAGAGAGUGAUGGAGGAGAUGAUGGAGGCGGCGCGUGUAUUUCACGAGCUGCCGAGGGAGGAGAAGGCGGAGUACUAUAGUAGGGAGAUGGCGACCAAGGUCAGAUACUUCUCUGGCAGUACCAUGUAUCGCUGGAUGUUUGUUGAUUGGAAGGACAGUUUGCUGUGUGACAUGAGCGACGAGCAGUUCGAUCCUCAACAAAUUCCUCUCGUUUGCAGAGAAUUAACUAUGGCGUACUCUAGGCACGUCCACAAGUUAGGGGUCAUUUUGUUUGAAUUUCUAUCUGAAGCGCUUGGCCUCAAACCUGAUCACCUUAUAAACCUGGAUAUCGCAAAGGGGCUUACGAUUUUGAGUCAUUACUAUCCAUCAUGCCCAGAGCCUGAACUAGCUUUUGGCACUGUCGAACACUCGGAUCCUGAUUUUAUGACCAUCCUACUUCAAGACCAAAUUGGUGGACUUCAGGUUUUGUACCAGGACCAGUGGAUUGAUAUUCCUCAUGUAACUGGAGCUCUACUGGUGAAUAUCGGAGAUUUCUUGCAGCUAAUCUCAAACAAUAAGUUCCUAAGCGUCAAUCACAGAGUAUUGACUAAAAAACAAGGUCCAAGAAUUUCUGUGGCAUGUUUUUUCAGACCUUCACUAGAGAAUUGCUCGAGAGUAUAUGGGCCGAUCAAAGAGUUGCUUUCAGAGGAAAAACCUCCAAUUUAUCAGGAAACAACAGUGAAAGAUUAUGUUAUGUGCCACUACAAGAGAUCCGGGCUAGAAGACUUGAAGCUGCAUAUGAAAUAACUGAAGUUGCUCCUUGAGAAUGUAUGGUCUAGUAAAAGUUUAUACAUUAGUUAUAAGUGAUCAAUUCAUCUCUUACUUGUUGAUAAUCUGAAUAUUCUUCAUGCCUUCAUGGUGUUAGUAUUGACGUCAUUUGAUCUUAAGGAUAUCUUAAGGAUCUUAUGAGAAUUUGGUUCGUUUAUUGAAUUCAUCUAGUUUCAUGUCUUACAGAUCGCCAAAUUUGGCUGAAAUUUUGUAUAUAUG